AUAUAUGAAGGAGUGGAGGUAUAGCUCCACCAUUCUUAACCUCAGUACUAGAUUGAGGUGAGUGGUUGGCUCCACGCUCUGGCUGAUUUACCCGAAAAUAAACUUCCCUUGGUACCCAUCCUAUAGGAAGAUGGGUGAGCCAAAGGGCCGGUGUGAACGUUAUGGAGAAGAGUAAAUCUCUUGCCCUAGCCAGGGACAGAACCCCAGUUCCUUGGUCCGCCAACCUGCAGCCCAGUUGCUAUACCGCCAGCCAUGCUGGCCAAAAAAUUACAAUUUUUACACAAAGUUCACCUCUGUUUCAAUACAGAUAUUUACAACUCUAGGCCGGUCCGUAAAAGCCGUAAAAGCGGCUUAAAUAUAUGUGAAAAUAAUUCCCCGCAAUGAAGAAAAUCCUUCGGCGAAUAUGGUGACACCGUGCAGCUGUUCAGCCGUUUAGUCUUGAAGGUGGAUACUAAGAUUUUAGAGGAAUACGUUGCUCGUAUCUUCAAGGACUCUUAUAUAAGUCAUCAUAAAUUGUUUUAAUUUAACCUAACAUCCGUCCAGUCCCUCAUUAUCACGAAAUACUCAUGAAGUCCUCUUCGCAAUGUGAACUCGGGCAAACUGCAGUGCUACUUCCGAUGGGCUGAAAACUCCUAGUAAUUAUUUGCGCUGACGGAAAUACUGGUAAAACCCACAAAUAUUUUGAAAAAAAUUGAGUUCAUUUUGCCACCCCAUUCGAAUGUUACACUAAAUAUUUCAGUCACACCUCCGUUUCCGACCAACAGAUUAUAACAAACGAAAACUUCGCGCGUUAACAGUUUAGAACUGAAACCACUGAGGCCAUAUGCAUAGGAAUUGCCAUAAAGAACCCUCUGGCGGAAGAAAUGUUAUUUGUAUGCAGAACUGCACAUUCAAGUGGGAAAAGGAAAAUUUAUGGUGGAAAGAUCAAAAUUCCAGUGCCGAGUGGAUGGGAGAUUUUCCUUUACAGUCUGAAUCUGAUAUGUUUUGCUGGGGUAAUACUGUGAACGGAGAGUUGGGGCUUGGUGGUAUUGAGGAAGAACAUAUUUUGUUACCACGGGAACUGAAUUUUAACAAAACAACAAACAUAAAAGAAGUUGCUUGUGGCAGUUACCACACUGUCAUUGUGACACGAAAUGGUGAAGUUUAUACAUGUGGAAGUAAUGAUCAUGGUCAGUUGGGUCAUGAGAAACCUUGCAAGAAACCGGGAAAGGUGGAUAGUUUAUCACAGUACCUGAUAAUAAGAGCAUCAUGUGGGGCUUGUCAUACUCUGACAAUUAGCGAAUGGGGUCAAGUCUUCGGCUGGGGUUCUGAUUCACAUGGGCAGCUGGGAAAUGGUUUGGGUGAUAAUGGUGAUAUACAGUUAAAUCCGAAGAUGAUAAAAUCUUUGGCAACAAGUCAUGUUAUCCAGAUAACCUGUGGACAGAAUCACAGCCUUGCAUUGACUCAGAGUGGAACAUUGUAUGCUUGGGGUUGUAAUAGCUGCGGUCAGCUUGGCAUUGGAAAUAAAAAUGGGCAGCCAAAACCUAGUGUUGUCAGUUCAUUGGCUGGAAUCCCCAUAGCUUUCGUAGCCUGUGGAGGAAACCACAGUUUUGCUGUGUCUAGAUCAGGAGCUGUGUAUGGCUGGGGUAAAAACUGCUUUGGCCAGCUUGGUCUCAGUGAUGACACAGAUAGGUUAUUUCCAUGUCAGUUGAAAACUUUACGUUCCAUCAAAGUGAAGUACAUUGCCUGUGGAGAAGAUUUCUCUGUUUUUCUCACAAAGGAUGGAGGUGUUUUUACCUGUGGAGCAGGGAUGUAUGGUCAGUUGGGACAUGGCUCUACAUCGAAUGAAUUCCUUCCGCGGAAAGUUAUAGAACUCAUGGGUAGCGUAGUCACACAGAUUUCUUGUGGCAGGCGGCACGCUUUAGCCUUUGUUCCUUCAAGGGGACGAGUGUAUGCUUUUGGAUUGGGUGGAGCUGGCCAAUUAGGGACAAAGGCCAUCCGAAGUGCCACUACUCCUCAAGUUGUUCUUGGUCCAUGGGUGUCACCUGGUGGAGUUUCUGUGGUUGAGGCAGGCAUCCAAAGUGAGCAUGCCAGUAAAUGUAUGGUGAAAAGGAUCUAUUCUGGGGGUGAUCAUUGCUUUGCUACAGUCACACAUAAAGAGGAUAAUAUACCAUCAGACGACUUCAGAGACUUCAGCACAAGUACCCAGAUUCUUUCUAUAACAGAAGAAACUGUUCAGCAGUGUGAAAAGGCAUCUGGCAGUGAAAUGGUUGAUCAAGACCUCAUGAGUUGCUUAGAAACUGUGUUCAGCAGUCAGGCUUGCAUAAACUGUUCAUUCCUUUUGCCUAAUGAUGAGCACUACUGCUGCACGUCACGUCGUCAUGGAGUUGAUUUGCCUUUAGCCGAACAGUGCUUUUCAGCUAUUGGUCGAGUUGAGAAUAGUUCGAUAAAGGAAUUGAUAGCAAACUGUGUAGUAGAGAACUUGCUGCCUUCUCUUGUUACAUCACCACCAGAUGUGGAGACCCUCAGACUGUACUUAAUUCUACCAUUAUACCAUGAGUUUGAUAAUCCCAAGAACUACACAGUUCUUCACAAUCCGUUUGGCCGCACUUUCCUGACCUUAAAGACUGAAGCAAGCAAAAUUGUAGGUUUGUGGUGGAGUAGUACAUCUUUGGAUUAUUUUGAACGCUUAAUUAGAGUAUUCAAGAAUGUUGUCAUGUAUAUACUCAGGAAAACAGAAAACGUCAACCAGGAGAUUGUGAACUGGGAUCAUGACAUGGAGAUACCACUUGAAGUUCUUGGAAAGUUGAACAAAUUGAAUAAUAAUGUCGAUGGACUCAAGGUGCCUUAUGAUUCCUUCUACCUGACAGAACUUACCGAAAAAGUUGACGUCCGGCUGGACUACCUCAGAUGGCUGACGACAAAGGAUCCUCAAUUGAAACAGAGGAUUUAUUUUUGCAACUAUCCAUUCCUGUUUGAUGCUCAAACAAAGACACUCUUGCUGCAAACAAACCAGUCUCUCCAGAUGCAGUCAGCAAUGAACCAGGCAGCCACCAGGGCAAUCUCAUCUCUCCUGUUCUCGCCCUUUGCAUCUGCCAAUAUCAGCACAUUUCUUGAGUUACAUGUCAGCAGAAGAAACCUUGUAGCUGACACCAUUCGGGAGCUAGCCAAGUUUGAAACUGCAGAUCUCAAGAAACCAUUAAAGGUGAAGUUUGAAAAUGAGGAAGCUGAAGAUGCAGGGGGUGUAACAAAGGAAUUCUUCUUAUUACUGUCAAGGGAAAUCCUGGACCCCAAAUAUGGGAUGUUCCGACAGUACGACGAAACAAGAACAAUUUGGUUCAGCGAAGAUUCAUUUGAAGAUGAAAUCAUGUACUACCUCAUUGGUGCAUUGUGUGGCCUGGCCAUCUACAACUUCACAAUCAUUGACCUCCCUUUCCCUCUGGCACUGUAUAAGAAACUGCUGAAGGAGCCAGUGUCACUGCUGGAUCUCAGGGGAUUAUCCCCCACCCUUGCAAAAAGUCUGCAGGAUUUGUUGGAUUAUAAAGAAGCUGAUCUUGAGGAGGUGUUUUGCCUUAAUUUUGAGAUAACAAGGGAGGUGUUUGGUGAGAUUAAAGUGCAACCUCUAAAACCUGGUGGUGGGAAUAUACCUGUUACACAGGAGAACAAGCAGGAAUUUGUGGAUCUCUAUGUGGACCUGAUAUUGAAUACAUCAGUUGAGAAACAUUUCAAAGCAUUCAGUACUGGCUUUCAUGAGGUGUGUGGUGGACGUGUCCUUGAGCUAUUCCACUCUCAGGAGUUGAUGGCUCUUGUAGCUGGAAAUGAGAAUUAUGACUGGGAGGAGCUGCAACGUAACGCUGAGUACAAGAAUGGCUACACAGAGAAUGAUAAAACAAUUCGAAUGUUUUGGGAAGUAUUUCAUGAGCUUUCUGAAGAGGAGAAGAGAAAGUUCCUGCUGUUCCUCACAGGCAGUGUCCGCAUUCCUAUUCAGGGCAUGAAGGCAAUCAAGAUUUACAUUCAGCCAUCAUCGGAUGACAGGUAUUUACCAGUGGCUCAUACCUGCUUCAACUUGUUGGAUCUUCCACGGUAUGGCACAAAGGAGAAACUUCGUUACAAAUUGAUGCAAGCAAUGCAGCAGACUGAAGGGUUUUCAUUGGUUUGACCCAAACUUUCAAUGUUACAAAUUGCCUCAAGCUUGCCUCUCUGCAGUUACCCUUGUAAUUAUGUGUAUGUAAAGCAUGUCUCCUUGUUUAAAUUAAUUGCAACAAAGGUGUUAUAUUAUAAGCUAAAUAUUUUUGCACACGUUUGGCUGGGUAAAAAAUAAGUCUUUACUAAAUGCAGGUACUAAUAACUCAUGAUGUGCACCCUUAUCCUUUUUUUUAUUUUGAACAACUUUUGGCAUUUCACAUGUUACUGUACAUGAUUUAAAGUUGCUAAAUGUGUUUAGGGAGUAAAGUAUUUAUUAGUAUGGCGUAAGUAAUGUAAAUAGCUGAUAUUGCAAGUGAAAGAGACUUGCUAUUUAUUUUAAUAAAUAAAAUUUACCAUUUUUUUUUCACUUGAAUUUUAAUGGUAUGCAUAAGUAAUAAGAUCCCAUAUUAAAACCCUUUUGUAUAUCUGACCUUUCAACAACCAGUAAUAUAUACACAGUUUCAACUAGAAUUUCACCUUCACGUUGUUUGAUUUUCUCGCCACAUGUAAUCAGCGAAUUGUACAUACUAUCACAAGCCACCAUCUAUUAAUGGAUCCAUUAGUUGUUACUUGCUGUGGGAUUAUUUAAAUUACCAGUCUUUUAUAAUAAUAUCAACAAUAUAAAUGAUCCCACAUAGUGUAGGUGAUGACAUCCUAAUGCUGAAACUGAGCAGUUCUCAUUAUAUUACUGAUUGUCAUGUAGGUGGAAUAAAAAGGUUUUUAAUAACACUUUUUAUUGCUGUUGGAAAGCAGCCAUGAAUCACAUUUAUCAAUUACCAGUUUUAAAACAUUGUUAAACUGACCAUUGUAAGAUACAGAUCAAUUUAUUAUAAAGUCAUAAUUUGGUGACAUCAUGUCCAUAGCAUAUGAAUGGGUUUGUUUUUAAGUGAAAGUAAUAUACUACAUCAGGGCACAGCAGCUUUUCACACAUAGAAUUGUCACUGACUUGUGCUGUAUUGCACUGAGUAUAUAUAGGCCCCUGUAUAUUGUUUGCUUAGAGGAUAGUUACAAAAGCUGGAUCAGAGAUAAAUAAUGUUCUAUGACAUGAUGUAUCCUCAUGAAACUAAAUAAAGGUGAAAGAUAUGUGCCAUGAA